ACUGAGGGCCCGUAUUGCACCUCUGCUUCUCUUUCAGAAAACACUAGAAAUUUACUCUGUGGAACUCGAUGGAACGAAAGACAUCGAGAAAACAGACGAGGGGGACGGCAAGGAGAAGUACAGGGGCCUGAAGAACAAAUGCCUGGACCUCAACAAGCAUCAUCAGAAAGAGGAGUUUAAGAAAGAACUCGACCUGGAUGACCACAAACUCAGCAACAAGGAAUUGGAAAGGAAAUACGGUACCGACAUCAUUACGGGCCUCUCCAGCUCCAGAGCUGCCGAGCUGCUGGCUCGGGACGGGCCCAACGCCCUCAGCCCUCCCAAGCGGACGUCGGAGAUUAUUAAGUUCCUCAAGCAGAUGGUGGGGGGCUUCUCCAUCCUCCUGUGGAUAGGAGCCUUCCUGUGCUACGUCGCCUACGGGAUUCUGUACUCCAGCAACACCUCCGCAUCCCUAGACAACGUGUACUUGGGCUCCGUACUCAUCCUGGUCGUCAUUUUAACGGGGGUCUUUGCUUAUUACCAAGAGGCAAAAAGCACCAACAUCAUGGCCAGCUUCAGUAAGAUGAUCCCGCAGCAAGCCCUCGUCAUCCGAGAUUCCGAGAAGAAGAUAAUCCCCGCAGAGCAGCUCGUGGUGGGAGACAUCGUGGAGGUUAAGGGAGGAGACCAGAUCCCCGCAGAUAUCAGGGUGCUGUUUUCUCAGGGGUGCAGGGUAGAUAAUUCGUGUCUCACGGGGGAAUCUGAGCCCCAGUCCCGCUGCUCUGAGUUCACCCACGAAAACCCCCUGGAAACGAAGAACAUCUGCUUCUAUUCCACAACCUGUCUGGAAGGCACCGCCACCGGCAUGGUCAUCAGCACGGGCGACCGCACCAUCAUCGGCCACAUCGCCUCCUUGGCGUCGGGAGUUGGGAACGAGAAGACGCCUAUUGCCGUUGAGAUCGAGCACUUUGUCCACAUCGUGGCGGGGGUGGCCGUCUCCAUCGGCAUCCUAUUUUUCAUCAUCGCUGUGUCCAUGAAGUACCACGUCCUCGAUGCCAUCAUCUUCCUCAUUAGCAUCAUCGUGGCCAACGUGCCCGAGGGCCUGCUGGCCACUGUCACCGUGACGCUGUCGCUGACCGCCAAGCGGAUGGCCAAGAAGAACUGCCUGGUGAAGAACCUGGAGGCGGUGGAGACCUUGGGGUCCACCUCCAUCAUCUGCUCCGACAAGACCGGGACUCUGACCCAGAACAGGAUGACCGUGGCCCAUCUGUGGUUCGACAACCAGAUCUUCGUGGCGGACACCAGUGAAGACCACUCCAACCAAGUCUUUGACCAAAGCUCCCGGACUUGGGCCUCCUUAUCCAAGAUAAUAACGCUGUGUAACCGGGCCGAGUUCAAGCCAGGACAGGAAAGUGUCCCCAUCAUGAAGAAAGUCGUGGUUGGAGAUGCCUCAGAAACUGCUCUUUUGAAAUUCUCAGAGGUCAUUUUGGGUGAUGUGAUGGAAAUUAGAAAAAGAAACCGCAAAGUAGCUGAAAUCCCUUUUAACUCUACUAACAAAUUUCAGCUCUCCAUACAUGAGACGGAGGACCCCAGCGACAAGCGCUUCCUCGCGGUGAUGAAGGGGGCCCCGGAGCGGAUCCUGGAGAAGUGCAGCACCAUCAUGAUCAACGGCCAGGAGCAGCCGCUGGACAAGGGCACGGCCAGGGCCUUCCACACGGCCUACAUGGAGCUGGGCGGGCUGGGCGAGCGCGUGCUGGGUUUCUGUCACCUCUACCUGCCAACAGACAAGUUUCCAGAAACCUACUCGUUUGACACGGACGCCAUGAACUUCCCCACCUCCAACUUCUGCUUUGUGGGGCUCUUGUCGAUGAUCGACCCCCCUCGGUCCACCGUGCCAGACGCCGUCACCAAAUGCCGCAGCGCGGGGAUCAAGGUCAUCAUGGUCACCGGCGAUCAUCCCAUCACAGCCAAAGCCAUCGCCAAGAGCGUGGGGAUCAUUUCGGCCAACAGUGAGACAGUGGAAGACAUCGCCAAUCGCCUCAACAUCGCUGUGGAGCAAGUUAACAAGCGGGAUGCCAAGGCCGCCGUCGUGACCGGCCAGGAGCUGAAGGACAUGAGCCCGGAGCAGCUGGACGAGCUGUUGGCCGGCUACCCGGAAAUCGUCUUCGCCCGCACGUCCCCGCAGCAGAAGCUGAUCAUCGUGGAGGGCUGUCAGAGGCAGGAGGCGGUCGUCGCCGUGACAGGGGACGGCGUUAACGACUCUCCCGCGCUGAAGAAGGCAGACAUUGGCAUCGCCAUGGGCAUCGCGGGUUCUGACGCAGCCAAAAACGCCGCCGACAUGGUCCUGCUGGACGACAACUUCGCGUCCAUCGUCACGGGGGUGGAGGAAGGCCGCCUGAUCUUUGACAACCUGAAGAAGACCAUCGCGUACACCCUGACCAAGAACAUCGCCGAGCUCUGCCCCUUCCUCAUCUACAUCAUCGUGGGGCUGCCCCUGCCCAUCGGCACCAUCACCCUCCUGUUCAUCGACCUGGGCACGGACAUAAUUCCCUCCGUUGCCUUGGCCUACGAGAAAGCCGAGAGUGACAUCAUGAACAGGAAGCCUCGCCAUAAGAAGAGGGACAGACUGGUGAACAUGCCCCUCGCCGUGUACUCCUACCUGCACAUCGGCCUCAUGCAAGCCCUGGGAGCUUUCCUCGUGUAUUUCACCGUCUACGCGCAGCAGGGCUUCCUGCCCCGCACUCUCAUUAACCUGCGGGUGGAAUGGGAAAAGGACUACGUGAAUGACUUGGAAGACAGCUACGGGCAGGAGUGGACGCGGUACCAGAGGAGACACCUAGAAUGGACCGGCUACACGGCUUUCUUCAUUGGCAUCCUUGUCCAGCAAAUAGCAGAUCUGGUCAUCAGGAAGACCCGGAGGAACUCCAUCUUCCAGCAGGGUCUCUUCAGAAAUAAAGUCAUCUGGGUGGGGAUCGCCUCGCAGAUCGUCAUCGGGCUGCUGCUCUCCUAUGGCCUCGGAAGCGUCACGGCCCUGAGUUUCGCCAUGCUCAGGGCUCAGUACUGGUUUGUGGCCGUGCCGCACGCCGUCCUGAUCUGGGUGUACGAUGAGGUGCGGAAGCUCUUCAUCAGGCUCUACCCCGGAAGCUGGUGGGACAAGAACAUGUAUUACUGA